AGAGAAGGAGCAGUCCUGCAAGGACCAGAUCAUGAUGUUGAUUGACUGUGAGCUGGCCUACAUGAACACCAACCAUGAGGACUUCAUUGGGUUUGCCAAAUGCGAUGAUAUAAGCACGGGUGCUCAGGCUUCCACCCAGAACGCCGAGAAGACAGGAAGGAAGGGACUGGGAAAUCAGGUGAUCAGGAAGGGUUACAUGGCGAUCCACAACCUUGGUAUCAUGAAGGGAGGAAGCAGGGACUACUGGUUUGUUCUAACCUCGGAGUCUCUCUCCUGGUUCAAGGAUGAGGAGGAGAAGGAUAAGAAGUAUAUGCUCCCCUUGGAUCAACUGAAACUGAGGGAUAUUGAGUCCAGCUUUAUGUCCCGGAGGCAUAUGUUCGCAAUCUACAAUCCAGAAGGACGGAAUGUGUUCAAGGAUUUUAAGACCCUGGAUCUGUCCUGUGAGACCCAGGAUGAUGUGGACUCUUGGAAGGCGUCCUUCCUGCGUGCUGGAGUAUACCCGGAGAAACUAAACGCGGAUAGUCAGAACGGGGACGGAGAGGAGCGGUCUGCGGACGGAGGGUUAGGAUCGGUUGAUCCUCAGCUGGAGAGGCAGGUGGAGACCAUCAGGAACCUCGUGGACUCCUACAUGAAGAUUGUGACCAAGACAUGUCGGGAUCUUGUUCCGAAGGUUAUCAUGUACUUGAUGAUCAAUGACUCGAAGAACUUCAUCAAUGGUGAGCUGCUGGCCAACCUCUAUGCAACCGGAGAUACGAACUCUAUGAUGGAGGAGAGCGCUGACGAGGCCAUUAAACGUGAGGAGAUGCUCCGUAUGUACCAUGCAUGUAAGGAAGCUCUGAAAAUUAUUGGAGAUGUCUCGACCGCAACUAUCGGAGGUCCUACUCCAGCUCCCAGCAGAAAUAUUGACUGGAUGCCCCCUGCUACAUCCUACAGCCAACCUCAAACGUCUCCAGCAAAUCCCAGGAAAACAGUUCCACCUCCGGUUAGCCGUGGACCUCCCCCCGCCCCAACUAGUAGACCAGCACCAUCUGUGCCUGGACGCCCUGGUGGCAGUGCUCCGCCUCCCCCAAGCAGGCCUGGAGGAGGAGGUGGUCUACCAGCCCCUCUUAUACCUUCAAGAAUGGCGGGAAAUGCUCAAGCUGCGGUUGGUUCUGCAGUUGGUGCAGCUGUUAACAAGGCACAAAGCGCCGCUGUCCAAGCUGCCACACAAGCUGCUGCUAAAGAAGUUGAAAAACAAAUGUCAAAUGCCUUUAGUGCUGCUUUGGGCGGUAGAAAAUUUUAAUUCCAUAAUAAGGCAUUUUAGAAAAAUAAAUCCUACGUGUUAUAGUGUUAAAGAAAGACAGCUAGCUCGUGAAAAUUAGGCUAGUCAAGUCAAACGAAGCUUCAGACAUUUUAUCCUAUGUUAAGAACUGUUUUCCAAGCGUGUAUCUUCUAUGUUUUAUUCUAUAACCUUACACUUCCAUAUUUCAUGUAAAACUUUGCACUUCUGGAUGAAUUGUAUCCUGUGCUAACUAGAGAAAACGAAUGCAUUUGAAAAAGAAAAAAUAUUCAAAUUAAUUUAAGUUAUAUCGAAUUAAAUUGCGUGAAUGUUUAAAGAUUCCAGUGAGUGAAAACAUGUAUGAAAAUUAAGAUUGUGCUCCAUUUAACCAGUAAUAAUAUUGUAUAAUUAAAUUAAAACUUAGCAUUAUAUUCUCGAGUUUAAGGGAAGCUUUCAAAAGAAAGCUAAAGGGGUUAGAUAAACGGAUUAUCCAGAGGGUUGGGGUUAGAUAAAAGAAUUAAUCCUGUAGAAGGUUGGAGUUAGAAAAUUCUUUUGAACGCUUCUCUGGCCCAGGAAACUGUUGAUUGUUAAAUAAUCUACAAUAAGUUUAACAAUUGUAGGAAUUAUUUCUUAGAAAUAAAAAUAAUAUACUUCAAGUUU